ACCAGAUGUAUAACCUUCAAAAAACUAGACGGCAUUGAUAACACUGAGUGUACAUAUCAACAAAACAGUGGGAACGAAUAUCGGAAGGAUUGUUAUUUAUUGACAUUUGUAGUGUUGAAUAAAUUGUUUUUUUAUUUUAUAAACAAUGCCGAAAGUUAGAAGAAGUAAAAAACCACCUCCAGAAGGAUGGGAGCUCAUAGAACCAACACUAGAAGAAUUGGAAGCAAAAAUGCGUGAAGCCGAAACUGAACCUCAUGAAGGGAAGCGAAAACAGGAAUCAUUAUGGCCGAUUUUUAAAAUUCAUCAACAAAAAUCUCGCUAUAUCUAUGAUCUAUUUUAUAGAAGAAAAGCUAUUAGCCGAGAACUGUACGAUUAUUGCCUCAAUGAAAAUAUAGCUGAUAAAAAUUUAAUUGCAAAAUGGAAAAAAGUCGGAUAUGAGAAUUUAUGUUGUCUUCGUUGCAUACAAACAAGAGAUACCAACUUCGGUACCAAUUGUAUUUGCCGAGUUCCCAAAGGAAAAUUAGAAGAGGGAAGGAUUGUAGAAUGUAUACAUUGCGGAUGUAGGGGAUGUUCUGGAUGAUGUUAUUUAAUUUACAUGAAGAAAUAACGACCCAUUUAUGAAUUGUAAUUAAUUAAUUUUAUCAUAAGUAAGUUUAUAUCUAUAUAAAUAUAUGUGUAUAUUUUUCCAUUUAUUUGACCAUUAUAUUCCAUUUGUUAUGUCCCGAUAAUUGAGUAGCAAAAUAUAAUGGAGUUUUUACAA